AUGCCCACAGCCAGCCAGGCUCAGCUGCUCCAGGAUGGCCAACUCCUGUGGACCUGCAACUCCUCCACCACCGGACCCAACCCUCUCUCCUCUCCGCCUCCCAGCUGCCAUGACAGGCCCAGCCCACUGGAUGGCUGCUGGGUGCGGAGGCGGAGCGCAAAGGCAGAGGUGGGGGAGGAGCCCGAGAACGGAGGCAUAGCCCGGGGCGGAGACGGGGGAGGAGCCCGGGGCGGAGGCGGAGCUUGGGUGGGCGGAAACAAAGCCAGGGAUGGAGGCGGAGCCUGCGUGGGCGGAGGCGGAGCCUGGGGGCGGAGACGCAUCCCAGGCGGCGCCUGCCCCACAGCCUUACCUGGCUUCUCCUGGACUCAGCCUACCACUCAGUACUCCAGUAGGUGUGCCAUGACCCCCGCCACUGCACCAAGGAAGAGGGUUCCUGUCGCCAACCCUCGCCGCCGUCGCCCACCAGGCCCAGGAGGAGCUCACCGUUUUCCCUUCAGCCGGCAUAAAAGAACACACACUGGAGAGAAACCUUACGAAUGUAACCAGUGUGGUAAAGCCUUUGCAGAAAAGAAUAAUCUCAUACGGCAUAAAAGAACACACACUGGAGAGAAACGUUAUGAAUGUAACCAGUGUGGUAAAGCCUUUACACGAAACAGUCAUCUCAUAAGACAUAAAAGAACACACACUGGAGAGAAACCUUAUGAAUGUAACCAUUGUGGUAAAACCUUUGCAGAAAACAGUACUCUCUUAAGCCAUAAAAGAACACACACUGGAGAGAAACCUUAUGAAUGUAACCAGUGUGGUAAAACCUUUGCAGAAAAGAAUAAUCUCAUACGGCAUAAAAGAACACACACUGGAGAGAAACCUUAUGAAUGUAACCAGUGUGGUAAAACCUUUGCAGAAAAGAAUAAUCUCAUACGGCAUAAAAGAACACACACUGGAGAGAAACCUUAUGAAUGUAACCAGUGUGGUAAAGCCUUUGCAGAAAACAGUACUCUAUUAAGCCACAAAAGAACACACAAUGGAGAGAAACCUUAUGAAUGUAACCAGUGCGGUAAAGCCUUUGCACAAAACAGUGCUCUCAUAAGCCAUAAAAGAACACACACUGGAGAGAAACCUUAUGAAUGUAACCAGUGU